AUGUCUCCUGCCAUCGCACUAGCCUUCCUGCCACUGGUGGUGACAUUGCUGGUGCGGUACCGGCACCAUUUCCGACUUCUGGUGCACACGGUCUUGCUGCGGAGCCUCCGAGACUACCUGUCAGGGCUACGGGUUGAGGAACGGGCCUUCAGCUAUGUGCUCACCCACGCCCUGCCUGGGGACCCUACUCAAAUCCUCACCACCCUGGACCACUGGAGCAGUCACUGCGAGUACCUGAGCCACAUGGGGCCUGCCAAAGGUCAGAUCCUGAUACGGCUGGUGGAGGAGAAGGCCCCUGCUUGUGUGCUGGAGCUGGGUUCCCACUGCGGCUACUCCACACUGCAUAUUGCCCGGGCCCUGCCCCCUGGGAGCCGCCUUCUCACUGUAGAGCGGGACCCACGCACAGCAGUGGUGGCUGAAAAACUCAUCCGCUUGGCUGGCUUCGACGAGCGCAAGGUGGAGCUCAUCGUGGGUAACUCAGAGGAGGUGAUCGCGAGCCUACGAGCCAAGUACCAGCUGAGUCGGGUAGAUUUGGUACUCCUGGCACACCGGCCCCGAUGUUACCUGCGGGACCUGCAGCUUCUGGAGGGUCACGCUCUGCUGCCAGUUGGUGCCACUGUGUUGGCGGACCACGUGCUCUUCCCUGGUGCCCCCCGCUUCCUGCAGUACGCCAAGAGCUGUGGCCGCUACCGCUGCCGCCUCCAUCACACUGGCCUCCCAGACUUUCCUGCCAUUAAGGACGGCAUAGCCCAGCUCACCUACUCGGGACCUGGCUGA